GUUCUCUGUCAUUUUCUAAAGAAAAAUAAUCUUCAAAAUUUUUGUGUGUUUAACUCAAAUAAUUACAAAAAUAGUUUUAUUUACAGAUAAAACCCUAUAUCUGCACCAGCAGCUACUCGAAACUGUAUUAAAAUGAAGGAACUGCCUAGUUGUUUAUUAAAACGAUAUCGUGCAUUGGACGAGGUAAUAAGGGACUUGCGUACUGUCACGGAACGCGCGCCACCUCAUCCGAAUUGCGAUUGUGGCUGCAGGAGUGACCGUGGCAUAAAGCUUAUGUGCGAAUUUUGGAAUAUGCUCAAAGAUGAUCCUAAUUUUGAUGUGAAGCAAACAGUUACCCGAACGGGAUCCCAAAUAGUUCGUCCAUCGUCAGGUGUUGAAAAAUGUGAAAUACAUUCCAAACCUCUGUGUACGACUUGCUAUGUUGCCAGAAAUAAGAAAACUUGCAAUAAAUGCGGCGAUACUGACAAAAGUUGCAAGCAAGAACCACCCAUAACUCCAACUCCUAUCAGCUCUGUUACUGAAUGUGGUCAAAGUACACCUAUCUGUUCGGUUUUAUGUAAUUUUGAAGAGGCAGCGUCAUUCGAUCAGAAAUGUACAGACAAACUUAAGGAAUUAAUGGAAACUGAGAUGCAAUUAAAAGACGCGAUUCAGAAAUUAGAAGCGCGGGAGAAAGAGAGCAUAAAAAUGCUAAGAGAGGCGGACUGCAUGUGGAUGUCUAUGGAGGGUACUUAUAAGAAGAAAAUGGUGGAGACAUUUGAGAGACAGAAGUUAUUGGAAAAAGAGCUAAGAGGAGUUGAGGCAAGCACUAAGAAAUGGCGUGAAAACAUGAAAGAUCUAGAAUCUAAAAUUGAUAAAGUGGAUAAAUACAGAGGCGACGUUAGGGACAAAAUAAAUCAGAAGAGUAACGAUGUUAAGUAUCUAGAUUCGGAAAUAAAAGAUUUGCAGAGUAGGUUAGAAAAUAACAAAAAAGAAAUUGAAGCAACUAAAAAGUCAAUAGUUUCGAAAAAGGAAGCAACUGACAAAAAGAUUGCAAAAUAUAAAGAAGAUAUAAGGAAUUUGGAAAAAGUUGUUGCAGAGGAAAAUAAGACAAAGAAGGAAAAGGAAAGUGAAGGAUCCAAAAUCAUCAAGGAAGCAAGAGACGAUUUGCAAAAGAUUUGCGGCGUUUUAUUAAAGAAGAAGUUAGAAAACGAGGAUUUGAGAGCAGAGAGAGCAGCAUUGUCAUCAGAAAUAGAAUUAUUACUCCAAGCACGUGACAAAUGUCGAGAUAAAUGUGAUUUAAGACAAAAAUCAAUUGAAAACCAAAUUCAGAAUCUCGAUAAAGAUAUUAACAACCAACAAUCGAAGUGUGGCAAAUGUAACCAAGGGACUGAUACGGUCGAAAUACAUAGAUUUUGCAGCGACUGUCCAAAAUGUUUGGAAGAACGACGUUGCGCCUUGCAAGGCGAUCACUGCGGUAUCGACCACACAAUGGACUGUAUUUGUACAACGGUGAAGAGAAAAUUUUUGGAUAACGUGUUUGAAAAUAUGUACACCGUGUUAGACAGACAAAUAAAGAAAGGCAGCGGGAAAGUAGUAGCCGAUCAGAUUUUGGAUUGUCUAAAGAGAAGUAGGAACGGUAAACUAGACGAUAGAACAAGAAAAAUGCUACAAGAAUUUAUACUGACCGUUGUGAAAAAACAUUUGAAUCUGACUAUAGUUGGCGGCGCUGUUAAAACUAGGUGUGAAAUGGAUCCAGACAUGUACAGGCAGUUGAUGAUCUGUCUGCAGAAAGUUCAAGUAUCGAAGCCGGAAAAAGUUGACAAAGGGACAGCAUCUAAAAAGGCGCCGUGCUCUCGUUGGGGAGGAGCCAGCGAGUGCAACUGUCCUAGGGGUCCGAAGGAUUGCAUCUGUACGAAGAAAGCCCCGCCCGCGCCACACGACCCCUCGCCCUGUCCAGUGGACGACGACUACGUGGAUGAUAACAAAACACUAUGUCCUCACCGACAUAAAACAAUCUGUGGACCGGAUUGUGGUAAAGAAGACGAAAAAUUCAAGCAGAUGAUGGAUGAAAUUGCGAAAUCGAGAUGUGACACUUGUAGUGGUUCGACUUGUAAAAUGUCAAAAAAUAUGAGAACGGCGCCUUGUGUGUUGGAACCAGAGAUAUCUUCCUCAAUACCGACAAGGGACUCUGUACCUAAACCUAAAAUACAACCUACUUUGACGCAUCCGGGCUACUGUGAUUGUUCUUAUCCAGCGACCAAUUCGAAAUUCGAACAAGAUGAAAAACAGUUAAACAAUAGAGAACAAGCCGCUCAGACUACAUGCCCUAUAACAAUUUGUUUAAACGAUUGGUUUUUAAAAAUAGCAGAAACACCAUCCGGUGCCUCGGUUCUUGAAUUUGAUAAGGAUUUUGUAAAAGUUAUUGAAAAUAAGAGUAAAAUGCACCCACACUCAUUAACCAAAAUAAUAGUGACAGACUCCGGUCAAAUACUGAUCGAAUUCAAAUCUGAAUUUUGUACUUCAAGUAUAGACAGAAUAAUGAAGCUCAAAAAAGUUUUACCAGGAUGUUUAUUCUUCAAAGGAAAUAAAAAUGUAUCAGAAUUAAUUGAAAGAAGUAUACAUAAUAUGCCAGAAGUUAGUUUAAAUUUAAAUGGAGAAAACAGUCAGAUACAACCUAAUGCGAUUUUAAGAAAAACUCCUUCGGGAAUCGUUUUGAUUAUUGCCACAGAGCCUCUGGACCAGGUUCACGACAGAUUGCUCGCUUUAUUGCCCGAAACAUACACAAAGUUAAAGGUAUUACAAGAUGAUGACAGUAUAUAUGAGUUUCCAGGAGUUUUAAAAUCUACACCUUCAAGAAAUUAUGUUCUCGCUAUUGAUAAGGAAUUUGAAAAAUGUUUAAAAGCAACAGUUAAGAAUAUAAUCAAGGAUGAUAGUACAGCUAUUCUCACAUUGAGGAAAAGCGAAUCCGGAAGUCGUAUGGUGAAAUUUGGAUGCUGCAGUAAUGAACCUCAAACGGAGAUAGGUAUUUUAAAGAAAACACGAUCGGGAAACAUAAAAAUAAUUUCGAACGUACCUCGUGAUCUCAGUUUAGUUACAAAAGUUAUUUCCGAAUCCGAAGAAGCAAUGAAACUAUCAAAGUGUUGCAGGGAAUUAAUUAUUAGUUUACCAAAACCGAAAUUUCACCAGGUCAGAAUGCAGCAACCUGAUCAAUUAUACAAUAUUUAUGAGAAUCGAUUUUCUUCAUCUAGAAAAUCGGAUAAGUUAACGAAACAAAACCAAGUUGGAAAAUCACUGGGAAAAACUCCUUUAAAUAGGGCUUUGAAAUCGAAUUUUAUUAAAAACAUUAAAAAAUUCUUGGAUUCUUCAAAGUCCUUACCAAUUCAGUCCACCGUAUCUGAUAGCAUGAUUCUAUUUGUUAGAAGACGUAGUUCUAAGGCUCCUGUAUUAUUAAAGUUCACUCGUUCGAGUAACAUCUAUGUAUCUAAACUAAAGAAGGGAUCAAAUAUAGAUGUUGCUGCUAUUAACAGUUCACAGCUGGAUGAUAUAUUACAGAACAGACGAAUGGUAGAUAAAUUAGUCGAGACUACAGCAAUAGUACGACAUGAGAAUGAUUCUUGUGAUUUGUUAGAAUUCGACUCAAACAUGACUAUGUUAUACCACGAAGUCUCUAAACUCAUGCAAUCAGACACAAAUGGUACAACGAAAUCCUCUAGCAAAGAUAUCGCACUUACAAUACGUGGAAAAAGGAAUUCGAAUAAAUCGGAUAAAACUAAGCCGCAUAUUGUAAUUAAACCGACUUCGGGGAUGUCUUGUGUGUACCAUAACAGUGAUUAUAAUGAGUUGAGUGAAUUAGGUUCUAGAAACAUUAUUGAUGUUGAUAUUAAAGCAGUAACAAAUGGAGAAGGGAGUGGAAAUGAAGAAGUUAAAAAAUCAUGCUGGGAUUCUUUGAGAUUCCUUCCUCCGCAGCUUCCUUCUUUCCUUGGAGAAGUUAUUCACAUGUAUAACUAGAUAUUACACAAUUGCAAUACACCUGUUUCGAUAUUUUAAUUCUUAUGUAACUUUUAAACCAUAUUAAAUAGAUAUCCUGA